AUGGGUUUGUUCGACCUCAUAAACCCGAAAAAGCGCGCCGAGACUCGUUUGUUGGACCAAAUAUUCAACUUGAAAUUCACGGCCAAAUCGCUCAAUCGAUCCGCCCAAAAAUGUCUCAAAGACGAAUCGAAUUUAAAGUCAAAGUGUAAACUCGCCAUGAAAAAUGGCAACACGGAAGGCGCCAAAAUCUACGCCACGGACGCGAUUAGAAAAAAACACGAACAGUUAAAUUUACUCCAACUGGCGAGCCGGUUAGACGCAGUCGUGAGCCGGUUGGAGACGCAAGCGAAGAUGAAUUUGGUGAACGAAGCGAUGCAAAAAGUGGUGAAAGAACUGGACCUGUCGCUAAAAGUGAACGACAUCGAGAAAGCGGCGAUGACUAUGGAGAAGUUUGAGAAGCAGUUUGAAAGUUUGGACGUGCAAACGCAAUUAGUGGGCGAGGCGAUGGGGGAGUCGGUGGCGAACGUGACGCCGCCGGAGGAUGUGGCGAAUUUGAUGCGCGCCAUCGCGGACGAACACGGGUUGGAGUUUGAGAGCGAUUUGCCGGAAGCGCCGACGACGACGACGGCGAAAGGAGAGAAAGCAAAGGAGAAGGACGAGAUUGAGAAACGGUUGGAAGCUUUGAAGUAG